CGCUCAAAACAAGUGCUUCACAUCUGCUCGGGAGCGCGCGAGAGGGAUAACUCAAAAUUACAGAAAGACAAUCUGGCAUUUCUAGGAAGAGCAACUGAACAGUAUAGGACACUGAGAAUGAUUCUGUUGAGAAGUGAGCAUCGCAGCGUUUAAUGAUGACAGGAGUGUUGAGACCCACCAAACAGAAACCCAGUAUGAAGCGUUCUCGGAAUGAACCUUACAGAGAUAAGUACAGUAAAAAUGGCUGCUAUCAAGAUGGAUACCAUGAUAGGGUUUUCGAUUACCACCAUGUUCCAAUCUCCGUGACAACCAUCCCAUGUGACUUCACUCCUACUCAACGGCCGUGUUCAUCUUCCUCCGCAUCUUCCACAGCCAUGCGCCGAAGCAAAGACAAACCCACGAGCAGACACAAGUCCAGGAACAGAGAAACCCAGUUAAGAUUGGAGGAGCUGCUGUGUAUAAAGAAAGAACUGACAGUGAUUAAAUCACAGAUAGAUGAACUACUGGACAGUCUAGAGCAGAUGAACCCACAAAGCCAAGAGCUGUCAGGCUGUGUGGGGUACUCUCCGCUCCAUGGCUCUGUGAGCAGUGUGGACGGGUCGUCCUGCAGCGCUCCUCUCCUGAGUACAGACAGAAAGACGCACAGUCCACCGACAUCAGAGAGCAGUGAUGAAGACAGGCAUCAUGUUAAUGAUGAAUCAGAUUUGUACUACAUGUAAAGACUGAUAUUCAGAUUUGGGGGACUAUUAGUAAUCGACCAACCAGGCAUGGUUAAUGUCCAAUGCGAAUUUUCUCAAAAUGACCAAUGAUCAGGAUUACAUCUGAAAAAGCAUGUCUGUUUUUAUGUAAAAAAAAUAUGUAGAAACUUUUCUUUGAUGUUACUUUUGAAAUGGUCAAAUAGUUUUUCACUGCAUGUUUUUGACCCUAUUUCUGACAAAAAAAUGUUUUUGUUUUUUUUAGAAUAUAGUUCUGUGACGAUAUUCUGGAAUGCUGCAUUCAUUUGGAUGUAUCGCUUUGUUGCAUUUCAAUUCUAAAUAAAAAUACUGAAACAAUAA